UUAAGGAGCUGCCUGCGCUCUGGAGAAGCACAGAGACACUGAAAUCUCCGAAAUCAGACAUGAACAAGCUCUCACUGGUCGCAGUAGCGCUGCUGGCCCUGGUGGCCCUUCACCUGGGCACGAGCGAGGCCAAAGUCUUCCAGAAGUGCGAGCUGGCCUCCAUCCUGCUGCCCGAGCUGCAGUCCAACCAGACUCAGCUCAAUCACACCGAGGCUGUGGCGCUGCUCGCCAAAGUGAUUUGCCACCUGAAUGAAACUACCCAGCUGAACAGCAGCGCUAUCACCCCAGUGAGGCCUCAGGCUCCCCCUCCACCUCCACCUCCUCCUCACCGCAGAGGCAGGAGCCUCAAGAAAGGGAACUCCCAUUCCCACAGCGCCGAGGAGCAGAAGCCUGUCCCGGCCAAAGCGCUGCUCCGCCUGGGACUCUUCCAGCUCCUCAACGUGGUCGUCUGCGAAGACGGGAUGAACUUGUGCAAGAUGAACUGCAGCAAAUUGAUUGAUGAUGAUAUCACUGACGACAUCCAGUGUGUGAAGAAGUUGUUCAUGUCUGACGAGAGUGGUGAAGAUGACUACAGACGCCAUCAUAAGCACAUUUUUGACUCACAGUGCUUUUCUUCAGACCUGUCUUCCUAUUUGUCUGCUUGCUCACUGUGAAGUGCCAGCCUCCUAACCACAGCUUACAGCUUUCACCUUUCACCUUUCACCUUUCACCUCUCCUCUGCCUUCCUAGAGAGCAGUUCUCUAACGAGCCUGUGACCAGAACAAUUGCUGGGCCAUGUGCAGAUUAGCACCUGGGCUUGGGGGAAGUGAUUUUUGCUUUCAGAUUUAAGAAAACACAUUUUUAAAUUUGUUUUUUUUUUAAUAAUUUUAAAAAUUUCAGUGUUGUGAUGGUGGUGAAGAAAGCAACAAAUGUAGAAAUGUCAAUAUUACAACAUAUUCUUCCUACAUCAAUUGAGCAGAAUCAUCAUAGGAACUGUGCAGUUGUUCCUAAAGGUAAAAGCAAAUAAUGGCAUAUGGCAUUCUAAGUUAGAAAGAAAAAUGGAAGCAAGCAAGUUUUCGAACAUAACCUAACUGGGGGGCUGGUGUUGGGACUGAAUUAACUUCUACUGUGCCUUUAUAUAUUGUAUCUUAUUCUGCUGGUUCAAACAGUUUAUUUUACUUUUGUCUACCACAUUUAUUUACUUCCUUUAAUAAAGACUCAAGUUUUAAAAAAAA